CCUUCCAUCACCCUCUCACUGCUUCACCCAGCGCGUCACACCUCAGCGCCUCGUCCUUCCUUUCCUGCACCACUACCUGAGACGGGACCAGCCGGCAUAAAAUGAGCUCCGCCACUGUCUUCUUGGAACGCAAGGAAUGAUGGCGCCAGGAAGUCGCCAACAACUACAUAUAUUGUUGCUGCUGCUGCUGCUGCUGCUACACGCCCUGGCCUUCAGGAGCUGUAUGGCGGCCGUUACCGUCGUUCAGUUAGUGGCAACCACCGACAGUGAUUUGACAGUCACGGUGAUGCACGAGGAGCCGGCCAGCUCGGGCAAUUUGAUGAUACAGCUGUGGAGGAACCCUGAUGUGGCGCGACCCAGCCCUAACGGAGUCUUCAUCAGGGAGGAGGAUUACGGUGAAGGAGGUCUUCCGGCCGUCGGCGCCACCGCAAACCUGGAUGUAAACAAUGACGUUGAGGAAGAAGAGCUGUGCGGCUAUUACUUCAUCUGCGUCUCCGCUUAUGUUGGAGAAGCCCCAGAACUCUUUGAGCCUUCUCAGUACAAAUGCAUCGCUCAGCACAAAAACUGUACGGAAGCUGUGGAUCUGCAAUGGAUGGUGAGCGAGACUGACGGGACCCCGACCUUAUCAGCGGAACCAGGAGGCAACAUUAUGGCUUCCGGGUUCAGCAUGGCUAUCGUGAACAAGGGAGGAGCAGCGAUGGCUCAAACAUCACUCCUCAAUGCGCCGGAGGUUCAGGCUUACUUGGUGUACAUGAAACCCAAGAUGGACUCGCCCGGGAUGACCGUACCAGCGUUCAACUUAACUAACGAAACGGCCAUAAUGGAUGCCAUAGACCAGGACAGAACCCAGUACCUGCCGCUCGUCGAGAUGUGGAAGCAAACCUGGAUAAGACUCCGGGGCUGGGAGCUGCUCAUGACUGACACAGACACCGGGAAAUCUUUGGGCAUAGAUGAGGAUAUGCCGGUGGACGUGACGCAACUCUCUGCCCCCGACACCUUCGCUAAGGAGUUCGCCUUAGUGGCCUUCGUGAUUGACCCCUUCAGGAGGACCAAUGACAAUAACUACGACAACAACAUCGUCUUUGCUUCGAUAAACCUUCAGGGAGCAAUGAGGGGUGAGUGUGACAAAUGUAUUCUUAUUUUCUCCUCCCACACUCUCUCUCUCUCUCUCUCUCUCUCUCUCUCUCUCUCUCUCUCUCUCUCUCUCUCUCUCUCUCUCUCUCUCUCUCUCUCUCUCUCAUUGUCGACGUACAAGUAUAGCUGCAAUUCUCUGGUAAUGUUGUGUCGUGUAGGGCGGGACGGGGCGGGGUGCGAGGUGGUGCCCGAGGUGGGGGCGGCCGGCAAGGGGGCGCUGGUACAGAUGAACGACGGGAUCUGGUCCACGCCGCUAAAGUUCACGGUGAUGCCCUACGGUGUUGAGUUUGCCGAGGUGAGUGGACGAACAGUGAAGGAGAGGGAGGAAUUCGCCAUGGCCACUGAGCGCAAAGUUAGACUCAACAAGCUCAACCUUUGCUCCCCUGGCCUGCAGGACACCGCCACCAAUGACUCGUUGUUAGUGAAGCUGAGAGAUGCCAGCAGCGCCAUUUCUGAAUCUCUCUCCCAACUUGAGCCAACCUUGGACGAUGUGCACGAGGAAUUUGAGGCGUUGGUGCGGUUGGUGCAGCAAGCCACCGAGCAAGCUGCAGCGACACAUGGACCUGUGCGGUGGCUGGUGCUCCGCAUACUGCCUGACAUUGUCAACUAUUUCGAUGUCAAUCCCCAUGGCCAUGACCCCUGCAGUGGCCCGGGCGACGGCAUUUUCUUUCCUGAUGACUUUUAUUAUCAUCAAUCAUUAGAUCCAGGAGUGGAAAUCAAUUUUGAUGACGAAGAUUUAUACAUGGAAAGACACCACUCCAAACAUAACAAGUCUAACAGGACACAUACUUACAAGCCGCGCAAGGAGAAGCUACACGACAAUGACAUGCCCGACAUGCAACCCAUCUAUCCCAUGGAGAGUCACAGUCUAGAUCAGUUUCGAAGAAAGUAUCCAGUAAAGUACAUCAUGCAGCAGAUCCGCAACAAUGUGCCUGUGAGGAGCAUUGAUGAGUUGGGCGUGCUGUCCCAAACAAUGCUAGAUGACCUGGAGCAAGUGGUCAACCUCUACAAAAGUGGCAAAAUAUACGUAUUUUCUGACCUGAUGGCAUAUGAUGGAAUUUACGAAACGUUACAUGAGAUCUGGUGGAGUUUGGCAGCCGAUGUGUAUGCCGGGAAGACGGUUGCCCUGGAGGACGCGGUGGACAGAGUAGUUGGGUUCCUCAGCACCACCAACUUUACAUCGGACGCAGAGUUCAUGUCCAAUUCCUACAACGAGUAUUUGAAGAAAGCACUCGAUCUGGCUAUCGAGUACCUGAAUGUGGCCAAGAACAACUCAGUGGUCGUCACAGAAGUGCUUGAGAUGAUCACCUCUCUGUGGUCUCCCCCCGAGCAGCUGUGUUGCCUGAUAAAACAACCCGAACGAGCUCCGAACCAGGAUAUGGUUUGCCUCAGAGAUGCCCAUGAGGAAGUAAGACUCAUGACUGACUACUUCGAGAGUACAGGCGAAGAAGAAUUCUUUAGAAACGUGUUCGAGGACGCCAUGAUGAUGAAGAAGAGCCAGGCGGAACCUACGUACUGGAAGAUAAAGGAAGGUAGUGUGUACGCCAUACAGAGAUGCCCCCCGUCCGGUACUUUCAUGUGGGAGCAAGUGGCCCUUUGUUCCUGCCCGAAUGCUUAUGGGUCGCGUGUACCGGGCACUGAUUACAAGGACUUUGAAGGGGAGGACGAUUGGGAUUUCUGGGAUAACGAAGAUUAUCCCGAUGAGUCUGAACGUCCAGAAAAACCAAGGGGUAAGGGAAAAGGCAAAGGAAAAGGAAAAGGAAAAGGAAAGGGAGGAGGAGGAAAAGACAAAGGUAGUGGAUCUGAACCCGAUGGAUCAGUUGGAGAACUUGAUUUUGAACUUUUAGAAUUCCCAGAAGAACUAACAGGUAAUGAAGAUCGUGAGGAUCGAGAACCAUACGUGUCUCCAUUACGACAUGAUAAUCGAUCGCCCAGAAAGAUUCCUCGCCACACUCCUUCACACAAUGAGUACGAGAUUGUGACUGCUGCAGACCUCAUGAUCAAAUCAUCCUUCAGUGUCUCGCUGAAGAACGCGACCACUGUUGUGAAUGGUAGCAAUCUAGAGGUGGUAGGGUGGCUGCAAGUUACCGGGUGGAGCAGGCAGCUCAACGGCGAGGUGAGAACAAACAGCUCAGUGUGCAAUGACGACAUGUGGGGCGAUGCUGAGGCUACGGUCGCCUGUCGCAUGGUGUUCAGCAAAGUGAAAAAGGGGUCGCCAUACAAUGUCAACAUCAGCGAGGAUGGUCUUGAAGAAGUGCCGCGGGCCAUGGUGAGGAGAGUAUCCUGUAAAGGUCAUGAGCAGAACCUCCACGCGUGCCAUGAACACUGGGACAGAGGCGAGUGUGACAGCAAGGUGCCAGCCGGCGUAAAGUGCAUGCUGCCCCUCACCUAAUCGCUGCAGACUCUCCAGAACGACGCGGGCAGGACGGGAGGCACAGGAUGCGGCGAUACGUAACCUUUCAGUAGCCUUAAAAUUUACGUUUUUUUUUCUCUCUUUCUUUUCUCUCUUUCUUCUUAUUGCCGAAAGUUCUUUAUUUUCAACAUGUAUUUUUUUUAAGUACUGAAAUUAAAUUAUAGUUAACGGAUUACAUACGGCUGUCUGUUAAGAUAUUAAGAAAAACCAUGUGUGUGUGUGUGUGUGUGUGUGUGUGUGUGUGUAAGGUAAUAUUGUUUUACAACACGGAAAUCUGAUAGUUAAACAUGUUUCAUGUUUCAUAACAAGUAUAGCUUAGAUUCUUGAGAAGCAUAGGUAAGAUCAGUUAUCUGCUGAGGAGACGCCCGGCGAGUGCACGAUGCUGCCUCGCGGUCGGCAGCGAGCAUCCUCCGCGUGCCGCACCCUUGCCAAGAGGAUGACCUUCUUGUCUGGCGGUCUAGAAAUAUCUGUGAUUUGUGUGCCUUGAGGGUAUUAUCACCAAUAUAUACCUAAUACAUAUGUGUAUAGCAUCCUAUUUUUAUAUUCACUUCGUCAUAGUCGCGGCAAUGCCUAGGACUGAUUACUAGUUGUUCUGACUUAGCACCUCAACACCUCGGGAGGCGAGCGACCAUCGAAAUUAAUGUCCAAUAUAAGUAGUUCGCGUCCCGUAUUUUGAAACGCUCUAAACUCUCAUUGGAACUAUUUUCAGGGGCCACAGGAAUGAACGAGAGGAUUUUCGUGGGUAAUUUUGUUCUUGAUGGUGCAGAAUCGUUGUUAACCUAUCAUCGGGGUCAAAAACCCGUAGCUGUAAAGUUAACAACAUUCGCUAGAUCCAGGAGUCGAGAUGAGGCACCGAAACGUUUGAGAAUCCGAUCCUCCAAGUCAUGAACAGAUACCAAUUGUUUAGUUAAGACUACAGUUAUUACGCUAAGAAAGUUAACAAUUAAAUGGAAGUGCCACGCCUGAAUUCAAAAUAUCAUAACUUCAGUCGCAACAGAAACACGAGUUUAUUCUACUCCACUAUCUUGUUUUAUUUUUACCACAAGGUCACGGACGAUGCAUUCUAGCGGCGGCCUGGCUAAAAGGGAGGUUGUCUACAUGAUAUAAUGUAACCUGUAGUACAACCAAGUCAGCUUUUAAUCAUCGUACUUAACAUCAGCUGAAAUAAAUUUACAUAAUGUUUUUUUCACGUGCACGUUAUGCUUGGUAACGGAACCUAAGCGAUGGUUUUCCUUCUGUGAUUCAGUGCAUUUAAUAGCCACAAUUAUCAACGCUAUCAAGGAUACAAUUUUACUUUGUCUGGAUUCGACUUACCGUAGCUGUUUUUCUUUUCCUUCUUUUCUUUUUCUUUUCUUCAUUUUCUUUUUUUAUUUUGCUUUCUCUCCUCUUAUAAAUCAUUCAGUCCAACUCUUCCUACGCUCUCUCUCUCUCUCUCUCUCUCUCUCUCUCUCUCUCUCUCUCUGAUGUAGAAAGCAGUCUUACAAAUCUUGAGCCCGCGGAGUAAAUUAAAGUUCUAAAUUUUCCUCAUUUACUUGUUGUGGCGAGUGUGAAAUGAGAGCAAGAGUAAGGGUGAGUGCACAUCCCACCCCCCUUACCGGCCGUGCGUGUCGUGACUGCUGUGGUGUGCAUACCAGGCCACAGUGGUUAGUCGUGAUUACUUAUGAAGCUUCGUAUGUAGAACUCGAGAAUGCGCGUUUCAUUCAGAGAGAGAGGAAUAAUAUUGUCUACGGAUACCUCAGUAGUCUUAAUAUUGUUAGCUGGCACGCUGCUAUUUAUGCCCGUAUUCUGAAAUGCUUUAUUUUCAUACCACGAUUAUUUUCAGAGACAACAUAGAUGAUUUAUCGGGUUCUUAGGAGUGUUUCUCCAGUUAAUAAUGUAGAGAUGUUGUUUAUGUGUCAGUGGAACUACAAAAAGACCUUAAAAACCCGUUUAAGUUCAAAUUUAUCCUUUUGAAAGUAAUGGAGAAGCGGCUCAGAAAUGUUUCAGAAUAAGCUCCUUAUAUUUACAAGAAGCUAAGGUAUUCAGUGUGUGUGUAUGUGUGUGUGUGUGUGUGUGUAGGAAUGGGCGUUUCGUACACAGGGUGCUUCCCGGAAAAAAAUAAAAAUUACAAAACAUUGUAUAAUUCUCUUCCUGAUGCACUGCUGCGGCAAUGGCAGAGUGCGAGCUUACUGGCACAUCCCCAGCUCUAAUCUAACUGGCUUACGAGGAAGUGGCUGUGUUGACAGUAUUCGCGUAAUUGUACGCAACUUGAAACAGGAAAUAUGGGGAAUAAUGUAAUCUGCUGGUAACUAUUCUUAAAAAGUUAAAUUGGUUUACCUUCUUUGUUGUUAUAAGAAAAGAUGACAGAUAUUGCUUUCCACAACAACUGGGCCUGGUGUGGCUUACUUCAUAAAACUACUUGCAUUUAGAUAUGAUAAUGGAUGGAGUUACUUAGACUUUGUUCCCUUUGGCACACAUGUACAUGGUAACGACAAGGAUUACUGGAUACGUUCCCGAUCGAGGUGCUGAGUUGGUAACAACGUCUUGUAUCGAUCCAAGUACAGCUGCUUGUUCUUACUCGUUGGGCAGAGAUGUUUGUGGUGACUUACAAUAAACAUAUAUCAAUUA